AUGUUUGCCAUUGCCAAUCCCAAUGAAGUUUGUUAUAAAUAUACAAGAUGCAAUCGCAAUCCUCUCAGAUACAUCACAACAGAUAAAAGAACUGCCAAGCUUUUGACAGCCAAAGUAAACACUGGUGAAACUGAUAUGGACAUAGAUCAAAUUGAAGAAUAUAUUGAAGAUGACAAUCACUCUGUUGGUGCACCCUCACCAGAGCAGUAUGUCCAUACCGACUUACCUCUUUUGGUGGAAGAAUCUCUUUUUGGAACAGAGGAGUAUACUUCAGAGUAUGAGUCUGAAUAUGAAUUGUCGGAUGAUAUUGAGCCAGAAGAGCAAGACAGAGAGGAAGAACAGGAGUCUACAGCAAACCUCCCGGAAAAUUCUUGGUAUAGAGUAAUUGCCAUUUUCACUAUGAUAUUUAUUUUGACUUUCAUUGUGGAUGAUGGCGCUGUGAUUUUGAUCACGUUCAUCAAUACAAUACUUGAACAUUACGUAGAGGAUUUCAAACUUCCUAUAAGUAUUCCUGGUCUGAAGCACUGCAAAAGACCACUGAUUUUAGUUCCUGAAAAUCUGCAAAAAUUUUACUACAAUUUUCGAUUUUUAAUUUUUUCAAAUAAUUUCUAUUUUUUUCUGUUGUGA